AUUACUGGACCACCCGCAGUUGGAUCAAGUUUUACUGACAGACGCUGGAUAAUGACAGUGACCCACACUUGGUGACGCCGCCGUUUAAUGGAGGAAAUUUACGUUCAUUGUGUCGCGAUGUUACACAUUGUAGAAUGGUUUGUGCUCGCUUCAUAAUCCACAACUUACCGGACACUUUGAAUGGUCCCAGACGACACUAGGACCACUGACGCUUCAUAUCAUACACCGCUUUGAAGUUGUGGAUGGUAUAAAACAGGCAAUUUCUGAGGAUGGGCACCUCAUCAACCAAACAUCCCAAAUAUCUGCAGCCCAUAUCUCCCAUCCCAGCUUCAAUUGAGUCUAAUCCAGCAUGUCAUACGUGCAGCCCAACCAAACCCUUUUGAACCCUGCUGGACCCGGGUCUAAUGCGCACUACGUUCAGGCUACCCAUCCUCCCCAUCCUCCCCUAUUCGACUUCCAGAUUCCAAAUUCUUUAACCCUUGCGGAUGGUAGGAAAGCGAAGCGUGUUCCACGCCCGCAGGGUAUCACUCCUUUUUCGGCAGACAGAGACGUCCAGUUUCGCACUAAUAAUUGGCCUGGUGUACGCGUGAAGGAUAUUCUGAAGAACAAUCUUAUCGUUGAUAAGUCGUUGGAUUUAGUAUUCGCUAAUACCGGCUGGCGGCAAACUUGUCUGGCACUAGAGUGGCCCGGAUACAUGCCCAGCAGUUACUAUUCGCGUUACUUUGAUGUAUCAACUGAAGGUAGACUGAUGAAUCGUCAAGAGUUCGCCCAAACAAUUGCCUGUCAUAUCGUAGAUCUUUACAAUGAUGCAAAGGGAAAGCCCAUUGCGCAUGGUUGUGAAGAGUGGGCAUUCAACCAAAACAAUGUUAGGCCGUCAGAUGUGAUCAUCUUGUCAGCUCAUCAUUACCCAGCUACCAGUGGUCGCAAAGGCAAAUGGGUCCCUGAGCUCUACGUCAUCGUAUGAUGCUCUCCGGUGCAUCCUUCGCCCCACUCUAUGGCACAUAUAUAUACCCCAAGUUCUCAAGUCACUAGCAUCCCCAAAAACAUUUACAAUUCACGACAAUCUAUUCCCUAACGAUGUCAUUGGUCGGUUUAAUAUCUAUCUGUUUAACUAGGC